AUGAGGACCUGGGCUUGCCUGCUGCUGCUCGGCUGCGGAUGCCUCGCCCAUGCCCUGGCCGAGGAGGCCGAGAUCCCCCGCGAGGUGAUCGAGCGGCUGGCGCACAGUCAGAUCCACAGCAUCCGGGACCUGCAGCGGCUCCUGGAGAUAGACUCCGUAGGGGUCGAGGAUGCUCUGGAGAGCAGCCUGAGGGCCCGUGGGGGCCGCACCGCCAAGCACGCCCCCGAGCAGCACCCCGUGCCCGUCCGGAGGAGGAAGAGGAGCAUCGAGGAGGCCGUGCCUGCCGUCUGUAAGACCAGGACGGUCAUCUACGAGAUACCUCGGAGCCAGGUGGACCCCACAUCCGCCAACUUCCUGAUCUGGCCGCCGUGCGUGGAGGUGAAGCGCUGCACCGGCUGCUGCAACACGAGCAGCGUCAAGUGCCAGCCGUCCCGCGUGCACCACCGCAGCGUCAAGGUGGCCAAGGUGGAGUACAUCCGGAAGAAGCCAAAGUUAAAAGAAGUGCAGGUGCGGCUGGAGGAGCACCUGGAGUGCACGUGCACGCCCACCGGCCCGAGCCCGGACUUCCGCGAGGAGGAGACGGAUGUGAGGUGA